AAAAUUGAGUACCCUUUAGUAUAAUAAAAUGGCAACUAAUGGAAAGAUACUAUGUUUUUGUUUUACUCAAAGUCAAAGUUUGACAGAAUUACUUUUUGUAAUCUUUGGUUUGGCUUCCAAAGAUUCAUUCUGUGGCAGUCAUGGCUUUUCGAUGAGAGGUAUCGGAGAUCGGUGUUGCUUGUAAGAAGAAUGAGUGGUGCGAACAUGACGCGUGGUUUAGGACGAAGUGUUCCAUCAAUAUUGACAGGUGAGAAAGAGCAUAUUGGGGCAUCUGCAUCCACACCAUGGUCAGUUGGCUUUUUAGGAGGAUUGUACGAUACAUCUCUUCUGGUAAAAUAUGACCAUCAUGUUGCUCGACAUUUGUGGUUCGCGGAGGCUAGUGGUCCGAAGAAAGAGUUAAAGGUUGCUAGACAUAGGCUGAAGCUUACAUUGAGGAAUCCUCAUAUUCUUCCACCAGAGAUGGAGAAUUGGAUGAGUCGGUUUGGUCCAUCUUCACUUUAGAGAACCAAUUUGACGAAAAUAGACACAAACCUGAUAUUAACAUUUAUAGGGAGAUGACAUAUAGAGACAUCUUCAUUUCACAUGUCAUUUGGUGAGAUGAACAUUACUUUGGACGACGUCUCUUGUCUGUUUCAUCUACCCAUCAAUGACGUGUUCUGGAGCCCUUAAGAUGUCACUGAAGAAGUAGUUGUUGAACUUGUUGUUGAUUACUUAAGAGUGCCAUAAAGUGAGGCAGUAGGACAUGCGUGUAGUUGCAGGGGUGCUUAUUAUAAGUUGGAGUGGUUAUACGAGUUAUUAAAAGAUCACCGAGUUGCUUGUACAUGGGGUGUUUGAAGUGGGGUGACAUAGUUGUUCCAUCCUUCCUUGACAUAUGUAUACGUCAAUUUGGAUAAAGGCAAUAUGUUCCACCCCACCUCCUGGUUAUACAAUGGCGGGUGAUAUUGAUGUUGAAUGAAUUUGUUACUAUUAAAAAGACAUUGAUGUGAUUCGUCUAACAACAUUGACCACCACUACAUAUGAUACAAAUGUUAGAUACCUAGAGUGAUAUUGUCAUGUUUCACAUCCUCGGUUGCUACCACCCCCUCGUGAUGCGUCAAGAGAGGUGUCAGUUUUUGUUUACUAAGCAGGACCAUUUGAUUCGAGUUGAGCUCGUAUUUCUACAUUGCUUCACCGUUAUCUCCGUCAAGUUGGUGCUGACGAGGAUGACCCACAAUUUGUUGAUUUAUUUGAAGCUUUGCACAUUUCUCGUUCACAUUGAUUUAUGUUUAUACUUUUCAUAUAUAUCAACUUUUAGACUUACGUUUAAUUUCUCAUAAGUUAUGUGAUCUUGAGACAUAUGAAAUUAAAACUCAAUGACAUAAUUUAAUAUUCAUGUUUUGAUUACA